UAAGCAAAAAUCUUGGCUUUGGUUAGAAAACAAACUUUUAUUUCUCACGCUGCCCUAUGAUCCCAUAGAUGAUAUGAAUGAUGAUUACCGUGAGAGUGAAGAAACAAUAGUAUUGGCAAAAGACAAAGCCAUGGAGUCAAAGACAAGACCACCAUACAUCUUUCUCUUUCUUGGAACGAGAGGUGCUAGCUCAGUAGAGUACCAUUCUGAAUUUAAGAAUGUUAGUUGUCCAGGAUUCAGAUCCUCAUCCCAACAGUAUGUCGAAAUAUUUACUUCUAGGCUGUUUAGCUUUAUACCCAACCUCUAAGCUAGUGUACCAUACAAACUAGUAGUCUAUAAGUCUAGUAGGGAUUGAUCUUCGGACCAAUUAUCUUUCCUAAUAAUAAAAAAAAAUACAUCUUUCUCUCUCCUUUUUUUUAACCUUAGUUCCUCCAAACCGUUUUUCACUUGACCUAUCAACCAACAUUGUCCCCUCUUUUUCUCUCUCUUUUCCUCUUAAUCUAAGCAAACCCCACAUAACCAUCAUGAUCAUGAUCAUGAUCAUCACUGCCACUAUAUGAUACCUGCCUACACCUUUCUCUUUCUCUCUCUAUAAACGUCCUUAGAUUUCUCUACAUCACCUCACUUAAGAGUUAGUUUUUUUUUUUUGAGCUUACCUCAUAUUUUACUAUGAGGAAGCCUACUGAUCCUGCUUCUAAGGGUAAUAGUAAUGGUAAUAGUAAUAGUAAUAGUAAUGGCGGUUGUACUAGUACGACGAAUGGCAGUAUCAAGCUUCGAAAGGGGUUAUGGUCGCCUGAAGAAGAUGAUAAACUCAUGAAUUAUAUGCUUACUAAUGGACAAGGUUGUUGGAGUGAUGUAGCAAGGAAUGCUGGCUUGUUAAGGUGUGGUAAGAGUUGUCGUCUUCGAUGGAUUAAUUAUUUAAGGCCUGAUCUUAAACGUGGUGCAUUUUCUCCUCAAGAAGAAGAUCUCAUCAUUCAUUUGCAUUCUCUUCUUGGAAAUAGGUGGUCCCAAAUUGCGGCUCGUUUGCCUGGAAGAACUGAUAAUGAGAUAAAGAAUUUCUGGAAUUCAACUGUGAAAAAAAGACUGAAGAGUUCAUCAAAUUCAUCAUCAUCACCCAAUGCAAGCGAUUCGUCGUUAUCAACUGAGCCAAGAGAUGGGAUGGUAGGAGGAUUUAUGGCCAUGCAGGAUCCAUGUAGCAUCAUGGCUAUGUAUUUGAACAAUAAUUCUGCUGCUUCACCAACAUCAUCAUCUUUGCAAUCCAUGGUACCUCUACAUCAUCAUGGAAUCAUGGAUCCUUUGUCCAAUAUGGUAAAUAACAGUACUACUACUACUACUACUACUACUGCUACUGCUACUGCUACUGCUACUGCUACUACUCUAGAUGUGUCUGCUUGUGGUAAUGGAUACAUGAAUCAUGCAUCAUCAUGCAUGAGCAUGGCAUCACAAGGACAUGGCAUGUGUAAUGUAGGUGAUGAUGGAUUGAUGAUAUGUGGAAGUUAUGGAAUGUUUGGAGGUCAAAAUUAUAAUUAUGGGAUAUUGCAAGGGGAGCUUUCUAUUCCUUCUUUGGAGACAAUAAGCAUUGAAGAAAAUACACAAGUUUCUGAAGAUAUUGUUUUUGGUAGUAACACUAGCAACAACAACCAUAAUUUUCACAACAACAACAACAACCAUGAUAAUCAUUUUGAUCAUAACCACCACAUAAUUAGCACCAUAAACAAUAACAACACUCCAUUUAACAUGGCUAAGAAAUUCGAGAUCGCGAUACCUGGAGUUGGAAACAAUUGGGAAGGAGGAGAGAAUGAUUCAAGAUUAGGAGAAUGGGAUUUGGAAGAACUCAUGAAGGAUGUUUCUUCCUUUCCCUUCAUUGAUUACCAAGUUGAGUAAAAACCCUUUUUUUUUCCAACCUUUUAUUUCCUUUUUUCUACACUCCAAAUUGAUUUCUCCUACAUAUGAAAUGGAUCUUCAUAGUUCAUGUUCUUGUAAUUAGGUCAUGGAGAGGUAAAAAUUAUCAUAAGUUUCCAUAAUUACUUAAUAAGAUCACCUACAAAAAAAGUCAUAGAUAGAUAUAUAUAUAUAGGUUUUCAUGAUCUUUAUAGUUUACAUUUAUACUUGAUAUAUAUAUAUAUACUUUGUAACUAAGAGAAAAAAAAAUAUGGUGUUUAAUUUCUCUUCCAUUCUUGAUCAAACUCUAUGCAAAUUACCAAUAAUGUUUCAUGUAAUGAUGUAAUUGUGAAGGAGAUAUGUGAAUAGUCAUUAUAAAGAUAUACAGAAAUUUAAGGUUUUAGGGUAGUUGGUAGGAAUUUUUAGUCAUGUAAGAAUAUCAUUUGUACAAAAAAUUCAAGUAUAUUAUGCUUUGUUGAAGCUGGAAGUUUGUUAUUAGUGGGUUGCAUGUUGAUUGUAAUACACAUUGAUGUGAAUGAAGACUUUCUUUUCUUCUCCAUA